AUCCUUUUCAAGUGUGUGUAUCAAAAUGCCGCAGGACGUGCAGCUAGAGAGCUUUGAAAAUAUGUUAAAACCCACGAGAAAGCAUAGAGGAGUAUUGCUUCUGUUGUACUUUGCCGUUGUCGUCGUUCAGGGCUUCACUAGUUAUCAGUUGUACAACACUGUUCUUUCCUAUACAAGUCUCAAUAACAUGAGUUCUUCUAUGCUUGUCACAUGUAUGAAAGUAGUAAUGGGAUGUCGGUUAAUCAAUCUGUGUCUGAGCAUUGUUGGUAUUUUCCACAUGCGCAUGACUCCCUGGACCCUUGCUUCGACUUGUACCUUUCUGGCCAAUCUCAUCGCGAUUCCUACUCGUCUCUAUCUCAUGUAUGUGACUUAUUCCGGCAUUACGGACUGCCUGCUAGCCUUCUGGAAAUCGAUGUACGAAGUGUCGUUGAAUGUAGUUUCUAUCACCAUGUGCUUUGCGUUUGCCUAUCAGUCAGUGUAUGUGCAUUCGAGCAGAAAGGUGACUCUCGAUGUCGAGGACCCUCAGAAGAAGUUUAUCGAGAAUGUUCUGAAGGGAUUGCUCAGUAUUCUUCCUGGCAUUGGCUUUUUCAGCAAAUACCUGGAGAAGGUCGCAAAACUCGAAUCGCGUGUUUGUUGUAA